CUCUCUCUCUGCCAGCUGUAAGGACGUGUCUCAAUUACUCUUGUUGCACAGGUUGUGAGCGAGGGAAAGAGAGGGAGGAGAGAGAGAUAAACACACACCACCUAGAACGUCAAACAAGAGUAAGUGUCAGACAGAAACAGGCAGAGAGGAAGAAGGGAGGGAACAGGGGAGAUAAAGGAUAGGAGAAAUAGCUGACCGUGAGUGAAAGAGGAGAGCGACAAAUAUAAACAAAGAUAACUUUUGAAGGGAGACAGUGGGAGAGAGGUGUGUGUGUAUAUAUAGAGAGAGUGAGAGGUAGACCCAGCAGAAGCAGGACUGCUGUACAGUGUGUUGUGUUGGGACCUUCCUCCAGGGAGCCUAGUGGAGCAGAGCUUGGUGCCCGGUGAGAGAGACCCCCCUGGGACACAGACACAGCCAUGGAUCCCUCUGCGUCGGAUGAGGUUGGGGACGAGUGCAAGGAGAGCAGGAAGAUCCACUUUGCUGUGCAGUCCUCGGCACCCACCCAACUGGACCCCCGGCAAGUAGAGAUGAUCCGGCGCCGGCGGCCUACACCUGCAACACUGUUCAGAGUGGCAGACCAGUGUUCCCCUGAGGAUGAUCAGUCCACCCAUCAGUGGAUUGUAGGAGAGAAUGGGGUACUCAAGCCCAAGAGAGUCAACCCAAAUGUGUAUCAGCCACCAUCCCUGAAAGCCGUCCAGAAGAUGGCUGAGGCACACAUGCAGAACCUGGGUGUCUACCCCCCCUUGGAAGACCCCUUUGAGGGGGAGGAGUACGACGACUACCCCUGUCAUGAGGAGAGGGAGGAGAGGGAGGAGAGAUUCCCCACCAAAGCUGCUGACCCCCAAGCGACCAGCACCACAGAUCAAUCAGAGAAGCCGGAUGAAGAGGAAGAGGGGGAAGAGAAAGAAGAGGAGAAAGAGGAGGAAAAGACAGAAGAAAAGACAGAGGAGAAGGCAAAGAAAGUGCGCAAAAGUGUAAAGUUUUAACACUAAACAAAAAAAAGGGAGAGAUGGAUGGUUGCAGAUGUGUGAAUGAUUGAGUGAAUGAAUGAGUGGUUUAAUGUGUGAACGUGUGAGUGAGAAAGAGAGCUUCUAAGUUUGAAUUGUGCAUAUUCAAAUUUAAUGAAUGAAUGACUGAAUGAAUGUAGGUACUGUUAGCAAAUCUGUGAGCAACAAAUCUGUACAUUGUUCUUGAAGGGGAGAAGGAGAGGGAGAGGGGGGGGGGGAGAGUGUAAUAGAUAUUGCCCUUGUGAAGAGGUGAGGAGUGGCUCCUUAGAACUAAUGAGACUAGUGGAUAGGGCAAGGUCACCAAGGUAACUGUGACCUUGAGGUCCCUCAAUGCAACGCUAGUCUUCUCUUCCAUGUCAGGGGAACCAUUCAUUCACUUCUUAAUUUCUAACUACACAUGACACUCAAAAUAACUGUAAACGGACAAAUGCUGAUGAACAGCUUCAGUAUAGAACACACACACACACACACACACACACACACACACACACACACACACACACAGAGGAGAUAUCAUUAGUCUCUGACUAUCGGUCCAGACUAUAUUCUAAAGCUGCUCCAUAACUGUGCAGAUAUGAUAAUACAGACUCCUUUUAAAUCACAAAGACCUGUAUUAUGUGUAUCAAAUUUCACUCUGGCCUAGAUUGGAUAUCUCUGCAGCCUAAUCAUAUUGAGAUCUUGUUCUUGGAAGAAGUGAGCAGCUGCUGCCAUCUUGUGGCAAGAUAGGGGAUGUAGAAUAACCAGAGAGUAUAUAUCGACAUGGAUUUACAUACAAUAAACUGUGCACUGCAUAGGCCUUCAGAUAAUAUGCAUCUAUAUAAUUGAAAUGAUCUAGAUUUGUAAUGCAUUUGAAACAUUUAUUUGUGAUGCAUUUGAAGUUAUUUUUGGUGCCCAUCAAAGCUAUUUGUGUCAAUGAUGUACUCUGGGUGUAUGUGAGGAUGCCAUGCUUUUGUAAAAGUAGUCCAAUUUAGUUUUUUUUGUGAGAAAAAAACAUGUAUUAAUUUUGUAUACAGAAUCAGAUUUUUAUUUUUUGUUUGUUUAAAUCAUUUCCUGUGUAAAGACCUAUUAAUCAACUUAGCUGUAUAUGGUCUCUCUCUGUUGAAUAAUUGUCACAAUGUUUAGUAACCUUUCAGUCAUGACUUGGAUAACUGUGUUUUUCAUAUUCUCAUGAAAAACAAUACAGACAAUACAAUACAUAGUGACUCUCUUUCUCUCUCUCUCUCUUCCUGCUGAAAUGGAAUGACACAUUUGAAUAUAAAAAUAUUCACCCUCAGAAUGUCAUUAUCAUUGAUUACUCAUUGAUAAUGUCAGCCUAAUAAACAGUUUUCUUUAUUUCCAUCACAUCUGUUCUCCAACUGCAGGAUUGCUUGAGUCAGCGGAAUACAUUUUGUUGUAGUGUCACAGUUGAAUGUCUCAAUCUGUACCAACUGUUAAUAUAUAGUAGUUGUUUUGAUUCUCUUUUUGUUGGACAAAGUGUUGAGACAUAUGGCACCUACUCCCUCCAUUGUCUGGCUGGAGUGAGCAUACUUUCCUUCUCCAAGUCUAUCUAUCCUCUAUGGUCAAUAGACGAGUGCCAUGGCAAGAAUGAACUCUAAUCGCACUAUUCUUCUUUAUUCCACUUUUUGUUUUCGUUAUUUUUUCUGUACUUGUUAAAGAUGUAGACAUUUCAAUGUGAGCAACAAUAACACUAUCUAAAUAAACACAUUUUUCUGAUUUGAAAUUA